AAAAUCCCUUAAAAAAAGGGUAAAGGACAUAGAUUAUUCUCAGUGUAAAGGAAAAGGGAAAUGGUAUGUAAAGGAAAAUUAAUGAUUAAUAUCAAAUAUUACCUAUCUAUGGUGAAUAAUGUAUGUAUGUAAAUUCACAACAGAAAACGAAAUAGAAACGAAAAUAAUAAGGAGAACAACAAACUUUGUGCUUGUGCAUCACUGAAAUAUCGUGAUAUAAAUAUAUAUUAAUUGGGUUUUGCAUUAAUAACAAAGACGGAAUCACAAUGCUUUGUUCGCAUCGAGAAGUGACGCAUAUCAAAUUGAAUUACACGAGAAUGUGCUUCUUAGUGAAUUGUCUAAAAAGAUUUAAAAGUUCACAAGAAUGGCUGAGUCGUCAAAAGGCUGAUCCUUAUGUAGAGAAAGCUAAGAUAUACAACUAUAGAUGUCGCAGUGCCUUCAAAUUAUUGGAGAUGAAUGAAAGAACCAAUAUAUUGAGACCUGGCCUAGCUGUUAUUGAUCUUGGAGCAUGUCCCGGUUCUUGGACGCAAGUGGCGGUUCAGAAAACAAAUGCGGAUGGUGCAGAUCCUAGUAAGCCCAAGGGAACAGUCUUGUCAAUUGAUAAACUUCAGAUUUUUCCUAUUCAGGGAGCAACAAUACUAAAUAACAUGGAUUUCUCUACAAUUGAAGCACAUGACAAAGUUGUAGAAGUUUUAAAUGGCCAACAAGUUGAUCUAGUUCUCUCUGACAUGGCUCCCAGUGCAACAGGUGUCCGGGAAUUGGAUAAAGAUAGAAUAAUUGGUCUCUGUUACAUGGCUAUCAGAUUUGCAGCACUUGUGACAAAAAGAGAAGGAAAUUUACUAUUUAAAGUAUGGGAUGGAAAAGAAGUUCCUAUACUAGAAAUGGAUUUAGCAAGGUUUUAUAAGAAUAUAAAGAUAUUAAAGCCGAUGGCAAGCAGGACUGAAUCUUCAGAAAAGUUUAUUUUAGCAAAGGGAUUCAAGGGGAUACAGAGACCUUUACAAAAUGGCAGAUGGGGUUGAAUAGGUUUAGGAAUGUGGUUGUGGCCUUGGCAUCAAGGCCACAACCACACGUUCACGUUCACGUUCCGCGUGGUCAGUCCAUCAAUAUGGAUAUCGUGAAGUGUAAUAACUGUAACAUAGUUAUUUGUGAGCUAUUGGCUUUUGUGCAAAAUAAAGCUGAUGUAAUGGAUGAAGACAGUAUACUUCGUCUGUGUUCUACUGCGUUCACGACUGAUGAAAUCACACAGGCGAAAAAAUUACUUUUCGAGUCUGUACAAACUACAACUCGAAGGGUACAUAGAAAA